GAACUGAAAAGCACAAAUGUUGAAGGAAACGAGCACUAAUUUUUAUUUCUCCCCAUUUCAACAGCUGGUUUUCUGUAAGCUCCGAACCCACCAGUGGUGUUUUAUGCUCUUCAACGUGGCCCUUUUCCACAUUUUGCUCUUCGGAGCCGAUCUUGUGGAGGAGUAUUUCUUGCAAGCCAUUCCCACCACUUACAUGGAUACCAAAGUCCUCGGAGCUCGGGAAAGAGCCCGCAUACUGGACAUGUCCUCCAUGAAAACCAACAUCUCCAAGGCCUUUGUGAUCAGCAACCCAGAAGCCUGCUCCAAGCGAGAGAUCUUCCUCUUGGUUCUCAUCUUCAGUAGCCCCCAAAACCUAUCCAGGCGCAAUGCAAUUCGGAAAACGUGGGCCAACGUGACCCGCAACCCAGGUUACACCACUCUGGCCUUGUUUGUGUUGGGCAAGCCACCUUUAGCUACCGCUCAAGUGGAGGUCAUCAAGGAAUCAGACCAGCAACAGGAUCUAAUCCAAGGAAUCUUUCUCGAUACGCCUGAGAAUCAGACACUGAAGAUCAAGAAGGCCAUAGAGUGGACCGUAACGUAUUGCCCUGAGGCCAGGUUCAUUCUCAAAGUAGACGAGGACAUGUUUGCCAACCUCCAAACCUUGGCUGAGUAUUUGCUCAACUUAAGAACUCACCCCGAAGACAUCUACCUUGGGAGGGUGAUUCAUCCAAACGCUCCCAACAAAGAAUUCCACAACGGCAGUUUCACCACCCUAAGAAAAUAUCCUGGACAGUACUAUCCUGACUACUGCAGUGCCACGGCCUUGGUCAUCUCGCAGGAUGUUGCUCGGAAGAUCUACGUAACCUCUGCGGAAGUCUCUCCUUCCCUGCCCCCUGGCAUUUUCGUGGGCGUCUGUGCAAGGGCAGCUGGCGUGGUGCCCAUCCACAGCUCCCGGUUUUCUGGGGAAAGGCGUAUCUGGUACAACCGAUGCUGCUAUAAAUAUAUUUUCACUUCGACUGUGUCAGAGACCAGCCAGCUUCUCCAAGAAUGGGAGGAGAUGGAAAGCGAUGAAGAUUGCACGUUACUGGAAACCUAUUAUGGGCUGGUGUCCUGCAAAAUCAUGACAUAUCUGGAUGGGUUGAAGAAUUCCAGUGUCAACGCCAUUCAGAAAGAGGGUCUGUCUUUUGCAGAUUAGAAGAAUCAAAAUAAUAGUACCUCCGUUUUGGCUUUCUCAUGGGCUUACUCCCACUCUUACGCAUGGGUCU